GGAUGUCAGCUCCAAUCCAAACACUCUUCCUUGCUCUUCGAAGAGAGCCUAACUUGGUCUCUAGAAUCAAGAAUCAGAACAACUCGCCGAUAUUUCGUUCGUCGCAGAGGGGAGAGAGAGGGAAAUGAUUCGCGAGCGUUGCCGUUGUUCAUCUCUCUCUCUGCCGCCAUCUCCCUCCCUUCCUCUCCUCGAUACCUAAACGUUCCUCUGCCUAGGGUUUCGACGAAGGCGGUGGUAUUAAGGCCGAUUGGUGGAUCGCUCGCAUUGGAGAGGAACGGUGUUCACUUCAGUUCAAUUCCCAUUCAAUUCGAUGGAAAUGGGGGAAAUAGGGCAGCAGCAGCAGCAAACGGUGGAGUUCUCGACCCUGGUGAGUCGAGCCGCGGAGGAAUCUUAUCUCUCUCUGAAGGAAUUGGUCGAGAAAUCCAAAUCCAGGCCCUCCGAAAUGUCCUCGGAUUCCGAGAAGAAGAUUGACCUCCUCAAGUUCCUUGUCAAGACGCAGCAGCGAAUGCUUCGCCUCAACGUUCUCGCCAAGUGGUGCCAGCAGGUUCCUUUGAUACAAUAUUGUCAACAACUUGGAUCAGUUCUUUCAAAUCAUGACAUGUGUUUCACCCAAUCAGCAGAUUCUCUUUUCUUCAUGCAUGAAAGGCUACAGCAAGCUCGCGCUCCUAUCUAUGAUGUUCCAUCUGCAAUUGAAGUGCUCCUUACAGGAAAUUACCAACGUUUACCAAAAUGUGUUGGUGAUGUUGGUAUUCAAAGCACAUUAACUGAAGACGAGCAGAAGCCGGCUUUGAAGAAGUUAGACAUACUUGUAAGGUCAAAGUUACUUGAAGUUACACUGCCCGCCGAAAUAUCUGAAGUCAGUGUUUCUGAUGGUACUGUAAUGCUCCAUGUGGAUGGAGAGUUCAAGGUCUUAGUUACUCUUGGUUAUCGGGGGCACCUAUCAAUGUGGAGGAUAUUGCAUAUGGAGCUACUUGUUGGUGAGAAAUGUGGAUUUGUAAAGCUGGAAGAAUUACGAAGGCAUGUUCUUGGAGAUGAUUUAGAGCGGAGAAUGGCAGCUGCAGAAAACCCAUUUAUAAUUUUAUACUCUGUUCUCCAUGAGCUUUGUGUUGCGCUUGUUAUGGACACCGUCAUAAGACAAGUGCAAUCACUUCGCCAAGGCAGAUGGAAAGAUGCCAUCCGCUUUGAGCUUAUAUCUGAUGGUAGUAUAGGACAAGGAGGGAGUUCCAGUAGUACGCAAAUGGCUCAAGACGGGGAGGCUGAUUCAGCUGGUCUACGGACCCCUGGACUAAAAGUUUUAUACUGGUUGGAUUUUGAUAAAACUUCUGGUACAUCUGACUCAGGAUCAUGCCCAUUUAUAAAAAUUGAGCCAGGAUCAGAUCUGCGGAUAAAGUGUCUCCAUAGCACAUUUGUCGUUGACCCUCUAACUGACAAAGAGGCAGAAUUUUCCCUUGAUCAAAGUUGCAUUGAUGUUGAGAAGUUGUUACUAAGAGCUAUUUGUUGUAAUAGAUAUACUCGCUUGCUUGAAAUCUACAAAGAACUGGCCAAAAAUGCCCAGAUUUGUCGAGCUUCCAGUGAUGUUGUUCUUCAGUGCCACUCAGAUGAACCGGAUGGCAACUAUAAAAAGAAGGAUAAGAAAGUUGGCACCAGAGCAUGUGAAGGGCAGGAAGUACUACGUGUUCGUGCUUAUGGCUCAUCAUUUUUCACCCUUGGAAUAAAUAUAAGGAAUGGGCGAUUUCAUAUCCACUCAUCAAGGAAUAUUCUUAAUCCAUUGACAUUGGUAGAAUGUGAAGAAGCUCUAAACCAGGGCACCAUGACAGCUGCUGAAGUAUUUAUGAGCUUGAGAAGCAAAAGCAUUCUGCACUUAUUUGCGCGCAUUGCCAGGUUUAUAGGCCUGAUGGUUUAUGAACAUGGCUAUGCUGCAGUGAAGGUGCCGAAGAACAUUUUGAAUGGUCCAAGUUCAUUGCUGAUGGGAUUUCCAGACUGUGGGAGCUCAUAUUUUUUGCUAAUGCAGCUUGAUAAGGAUUUUAAACCUCUUUUUAAAUUGCUAGAGACUCAAUCUGAUUCAUCCGGAAAAGCUUAUUAUUUAGGUGACAUAAAUAAUGUUGUCCGCAUAAAAAAUGUUGAUAUUAGUCAGAUUCAGAUGCUUGAAGAUGAAAUCAAUUUGAGUCUUCUUGACUGUAGAAAAGUGCUUGCACUUACACCUAAUGCUGUAGGUAAUAAUCAGACUCAUGAGCAGAGUAUUCUCUCAGAGCUCAGCCUUGAGGGUUCUUUGUUUAGUUCUGGAAAUCAUUCAUCGAGCUUUUCUUCUAUUGUUGAUGAAGUGUUUGAACUUGAAAGAGGGUCGUCUGCACAAUCUUUUUCUGCUCAGAGUCUCUCUUCAUCACUCAGUCCUUCUGCUUCACAUUUUGGCUCCCUUCCAAUGAAUUUCCAAAGUUUGAAAGCUGGAACCUCCUCCCCAAUGUGGGAGGGAGGAAUUUCUAAAGUUUCAAGUGGAUCCCCCCAUUAUAAUGGUUCUGCUUAUCCGUUGGGCAAUUUGAAAGGCAUUAUGCUGUCUGGUUCUGGCAAUUCACCAUCUUCUGGUCCUGGGAGGAGCACAACUUUGAAAAAGCUUUCAGCUUCAAAAUCUGAGCAGGAUUUAGCUUCUCUUAGAUCUCCACAUUCUACUGAUUCUUGUAAUACAAUGGAUGAAGAUGAUCUGAUUGCUUCUGGAAAUAGGUCAUCUCGAUUAUUAUCCCCACCAAGACUGACUGGCCCUAGAGUUUCUGCACCAACUGGAAAACCUAAUGUGCCCAAAAGCUCAACAACCGGGACUGCAGUUGGAUCUUUUAAAGUUUCCAGAUCUAGCUCUUGGGCUACAACUACCGUAUUUUCAGCUCAAGUACCAGAUAUUGCAGUUGGUUCUAGCCCAAGCCUUGAUGCUAUUGCUAGGCACGAUAAAAGGCCACGGAAGCGUUCAGUUUCAGAUAUGCUGAGUUUGGUUCCGUCACUUGGGAAUUUAGAGGUUCAUUCAGGAUUUCAUAAGAGGAGGAGGAUCGCAGAAUCAGGAUUCAGUCAACAGACUUCUUCACCACAGGCACUCAUUUUACCAGAGGUGACUGGAAAAACUGAAUGUUACAGCUAUGCGAGUCUAAUUGCUGAAGCAAAUAAAGGAAAUGCACCCUCUGGCAUAUAUGUUUCAGCUCUUCUUCAUGUAGUUAGGCAUUGCUCACUUUGUAUCAAGCACGCUAGACUAACUAGCCAGAUGGAUGCGCUGGACAUUCCUUAUGUUGAAGAAGUGGGUUUAAGAAAUGCAUCCUCAAAUUUAUGGUUCAGACUCCCAUUUGCAGCAGGCAAUACAUGGAAACACAUAUGUUUGCGACUUGGUCGACCUGGAAGCAUGCACUGGGAUGUCAAAAUUAAUGACCAGCACUUCAGGGAUUUGUGGGAACUUCAAAAGGGAAGCAAGAAUACACCAUGGGGUUCUGGAGUUCGUAUUGCCAAUACAUCUGAUGUAGAUUCUCAUAUUCGUUAUGAUUCUGAAGGUGUUGUUUUGAGUUACCAUUCUGUUGACACAGAUAGUAUUAAGAAGUUAGUGGCAGAUAUCCAAAGACUCUCUAAUGCUAGAAUGUUUGCACUUGGAAUGCGGAGACUCCUUGGAGUAAGACCAGAUGAGAAAUUGGAAGAAGGUGGACCCAACUCUGAUGGUAAGGUGCCAACUGGUGUAAAAGGUGUUCCAGAGACAGCAGAUAAAUUUUCAGAACAGAUGAGGAGGGCUUUUCGCAUUGAGGAAGUUGGACUUACAAGUUUUUGGUUUAGUUUUGGUUCAGCAGUCCUUGCCCGCUUUGUUGUUGAGUGGGAAUCUGGUAAAGAGGGCUGUACAAUGCAUGUUUCUCCUGACCAACUUUGGCCUCACACCAAGUUUCUGGAAGACUUCAUAAAUGGUGCAGAAGUUGCAUCGUUUCUGGACUGCAUUCGUCUCACUGCUGGACCUUUGCAUGCUCUUGCGGCAGCAACACGGCCUGCAAGAGCUGGCCCUGCUUCUGCAGUUCCUGGCGUUACAGCGGCUAUUUCUUCUAUGGCAAAACAAAGUGGUUACAUCCAAGCCCAAGGACACUUGCAAGGUAGUCCAACAACAAAUGCUACUCAGGCUACUUCUGGGCCUGGCGGCAAUCCUGUUGGAUCUGCUACUAUGAGCUCAUUUGGAAAUCACAACCUUCAUGGAGCUGCAAUGUUGGCUGCUGCUGGCCGAGGUGGCCCUGGAAUUGUUCCUAGCUCACUGUUGCCUAUAGAUGUAUCUGUUGUACUUCGUGGCCCCUACUGGAUUCGUAUAAUAUAUCGAAAAUUCUUUGCAGUUGAUAUGCGCUGCUUUGCUGGAGACCAGGUUUGGUUGCAACCAGCAACUCCGCCCAAGGAGGGGCCUUCAACUGGAGGAUCGUUGCCAUGCCCACAAUUUCGACCUUUUAUUAUGGAGCAUGUGGCUCAGGAAUUGAAUGGUUUGGAUACUAAUUUUACUGGUAGUCAACAGGGAGUUGGACUGGCAAAUGCUAACAUUCCAAAUCCAAGUUCAGCUUCUCAGCUUUCAAAUUCUAGUGGGAACAGAAUCAAUAUCCCAGGUUCUGGUGGACUACCUAGGUCUGGGAAUCAAGGUUCUGGUCUCAGCCGUAUGGGAAAUGCCCUUUCAGCAAUUUCAAGUUUGCCUGCGGUGAGUGCAGGCCUACCUAUCCGUAGAUCAUCUGGUGCAGGUGUCCCUGCUCAUGUGAGAGGGGAACUGAAUACAGCAAUAAUUGGACUUGGGGAUGAUGGAGGUUAUGGUGGGGGUUGGGUUCCUCUUGUUGCACUGAAGAAAGUUCUUAGAGGAAUUCUCAAGUACCUCGGAGUUUUGUGGCUAUUUGCACAGUUACCUGCUCUUUUGAAAGAGAUCCUAGGGUCAAUUUUGAAGGACAACGAAGGUGCGCUGUUAAAUUUGGACCAGGAGCAGCCAGCAUUGCGCUUCUUUGUGGGGGGCUAUGUAUUUGCUGUAAGUGUCCACAGAGUUCAACUUCUUCUCCAAGUUCUUAGCGUGAAGCGCUUUCAUCAUUCACAACAGCAACAACAGCAGCAAAAUGCGGCCACUGCUCAAGAGGAGCUAACUCAAUCUGAAAUAAGUGAGAUAUGUGAUUACUUCAGCCGCCGUGUUGCAUCAGAGCCCUAUGAUGCAUCAAGGGUUGCAUCCUUCAUUACUCUUCUCACUUUGCCAAUUUCCGUUCUAAGAGAAUUCUUGAAACUUAUUGCAUGGAAAAAGGGAUUAGCUCAGGUGCAAGGUGGAGAUACGGCCCCCACACAGAAACCUCGUAUUGAGUUAUGUCUUGAGAAUCAUGCUGGAUUGAAUGUGGAUGGAAGCUCAGAAAAUUUAUCUGCAUCAAAAAGCAAUAUUCAUUAUGACCGAGCCCAUAACUCCGUCGAUUUUGCACUAACUGUGGUGCUUGAUCCUACACAUAUACCACUCAUAAAUGCUGCCGGUGGUGCUGCUUGGUUACCCUACUGUGUUUCAGUAAGGUUAAAAUAUUUAUUUGGUGAAAACCCCAGUGUGAUUUUCCUCUCAAUGGAAGGAAGCCAUGGAGGCCGAGCUUGCUGGUUGCGGUUUGAUGACUGGGAAAAAUGUAAACAGAGGGUGGCUAGAACUGUGGAAGUGAGUGGGUGUUCAGCUGUGGAUGUUAGUCAGGGAAGGCUGAGAAUAGUUGCAGAUAGUGUGCAAAGAACAUUGCACAUGUGCCUUCAAGCAUUAAGGGAUGGUGGACCAUCUGCUAGCUCUGGAACAACUUGAUGGUGAAACAUAGCAAGAAAAGUGAAAGGGGAAACUCCAUCUAACAACUCACUGGUUUGAGAUACAGCUUUUGAAAUAAUACUACUAGCUCAGCCUGCUGGAAGUUAUCCGACGCAUGCCUCUACAUUUUUUUGUUCAUAAUAGGUGGCUAACGUUGCUGUUCCGGAACUGGGGGUGUAGUAGUUUGAUGGAUCAAGGUUACUUUUAGUAAUAUGUUGAAUUAGCGAAGACAGGAUGUGUUUUCUUUUCCUUCCUUCCUUUUCUGUACAGGUGACCCUACUGAUUGGUCUCAAAUUUUGUACUGAAUUUGUGGCUGGAAUUAUUGAUCAACCCCCUAGAUUGUAGUUAACAAGCUGUAUUUAGGCAAAAAAAAAAAUUUAUCUCAUGUUACUGGCAUUUGGUAGUUGCUGAUCUAAAUUGUUGAAAGAUAUGCUUAGUUUUAGUUCAUUUGUUUUGUGGAACA